CUCAGCGUUCAUACGGAGCUAGUCCGCACUCCGCACUCCUAAGAUUGAGAAAAAAAAUCCGGACGAGAAAGGGGAAAAGGCAAAAGAAUCAAAGAGACAGCAGUGCAAAGGUCAAGCCCUCUUUCCCCCAACCCCAAUCCCCCAAAUCUUCCCCGGCUCUGCCAGAUCGCCGGCGACCUCCUCGCCAGCCGUCUCGGAUAACCGCUGGCGCCAACCAGCUCCUGCCUGCUCAUCCUAGGGGUGCCCGGGGAUCAGCACCGUGCUGCGGAAAUCUGUUGCAGCGACGGUGGGACGAAGCGGGAGCAGAGGGGAUGACUAGCCUGUCGAUCACGGUGAUGACGCUGAACCUGCACGAAGGCGAGCAGUCGAGCGAGAGCCCAAACAGCUGGGAGAAGCGCCGGGACAUCUGCGUCAGCGUCAUCACCAGCUACUCCCCCACCAUCCUCUGCACCCAGCAAGGCUUGAGAUGGCAACUGGACUACCUACAACAGUGCUUACCAGGUUAUGAACAGUUUGGAAUCUCAAGAAAAGGCUCACAGGACACCACUGAUGAAUACUGCACAAUAUUCUAUGAAAAAGAGAAGGUGGAGCUUACUGAAGGUGGCACAUUUUGGUUAUCAGAAUCACCAUCAGUGCCAGGAAGCAUUUCAUGGGGAGCAACUGCACCUUGCAUUGCGACAUGGGCAACGUUUCAACUCAAAAGAUUAGAACCACCAGGAUUCAGUUUCCAGAUUGUAAAUACAAAUCUUGAUGAAGUAAGCCCUCGUGCUCGUCGAAGAAGCGCUCUGCUUACAUGGCAACAUAUAGCAUCCUUGCCACCCAAUUUGCCUGUUAUCUAUUGUGGAGGCUUCAACACGCAGAAGGAAUCUAUGACUGGGCGGUUUUUGCUUGGCAGAUCCAGAGAACAUGGUGUUGUGGGUGAUAUGAGAGAUGCUUGGCCAAAUGCGCGGGUGCGAAAAAACGUUUCACUAAUACAUACAUAUCAUGGAUUUAAAGGGGAGAAACAAGGUGUGGUAGAAUUUCUCAAAUUAAUAUUUAGAGCACUUUGCCUGUGCUGGGAUCGACAGACACAGGACUUGCAUAUUGACUGGAUCCUAUUUAGAGGGCGUCCACUCGUUCCUGCACUUUGUGAGGUCAUAAAUGACAAUAUAGACGGUGUUUAUCCAUCCUCACACUUUCCCAUCUUUGCUGAGUUUUUGCUUCCACGCUCGGUCCGGUUAGCCGAGACACAGUCAUAGUCCUCGUGUGUUCUUGUUGUCAUGAGAUUCUUUUUUAUUUCCCAUCCAUAUUUCGAUUAUGUCCCAUUGUUUCUUCCACUUUGAUCUGGCGACGAGACCCCUUGGAGCACAUCUCCAGGUUUCUUUUGUCAUCCCAUUACAAAGAACAAGACAAUCAGCAUAUGCAGCCCUUGUCGUGAGGCUUGUUUCAAGGGCAAUGGGCUAUUCUGUUACCUCUGCUUGCUAUUAUUGUUUGUUCACAUAUUCUUUAAGCCGUUCUUGAGAUUUUCAUGUAUAUAUGACUGUAUCUAUACAUGUUUUUUGUGACAAUUGUGAGAUCUUGAAGUAAAUUAGCUGGUGUGAUGAAAAAUUCAAGAUUUUCA